GCACAACCUGUCAGGGUCGAGGCCCGCUGGGCGGCCGCGUCGUGUCGCUGCUCUCGGGUCCCCACGACCAUGGAGGAUGCUCUGCUCGGAGCCAUGACGGGCCCCGAAGACGAGCUGGGCGCCGAGCUGUUCUGCCCGGAGCGUGGGUUCACGGACGGGCUGGCGCUGAGCCCCGCGACGGGUGCGGCUGAGCGGGAUGAGCUGCCUGUGCUGGCCGACGCCUACCUGGGCGCCACCGAGCCUGGGGAACAGCUGCUGCGCGCUCUCAGCCCCUCGCCGGGCGCCGAGGUACCGGCCGCCCUGCUCGGCGACUUCCCGGGGCUGCCCGAGCUCCGCAUCCCAGACGACGCCGGGCCGCCGCCCGCCUACAGCGUGCACGUGCUGUCAUCGUUACUUCCCGGGGCGCGCGGGCCCGCGCUGUUGCCGCUGAGCGCAGGAGUGCGCGUGAUCCCAGUUGAAAUCAAGGAAGCAGGUAGCAAUGUGCCAGGCAGCAACCCCGAAGAUGCGGCUUUCCAGACCCCUCUGACUCAGGAAUCCUGCUGCAAGUUUCCAUCAUCCCAGGAGGCAGAGGAAGCUUCCAGCUGCCCCCGAAAGAAAGACUCCAGUCCCAUGGUGAUCUGUCAGCUGAAAGGAGGUGCCCAGAUGCUCUGCAUAGACAACUGUGGUGCCAGGGAGCUCAAGGCACUCCAUCUGCUUCCUCAGUAUGACGACCAGAACAAUGUCCCACAGUCAGAUCUCCCUAAGCCAAUGACAACUUUAGUGGGAAGACUUCUGCCAGUACCAGCAAAAUUAAAUCUCAUCACACAGGUUGAUAAUGGAGCUCUCCCAUCAACUGUCAAUGGAGCUGCCUUCCCCUCAGGACCCACUAUGCAAGGGCCACCCAAAAUAGCUCUGGCUGGAUACUGCGACUGCUUCGCCAGCGGGGACUUCUGCAACAGCUGCAGCUGCAACAACCUACGCCAUGAGCUCGAGCGCUUCAAAGCCAUUAAGGCGUGUCUUGAUAGAAAUCCCGAAGCUUUUCAACCGAAAAUGGGGAAAGGCCGGCUGGGCGUGUCUAAGCUGCGACACAGCAAAGGGUGUAGCUGUAAGCGCUCGGGCUGCCUGAAGAACUACUGCGAGUGCUAUGAGGCCAAAAUCAUGUGUUCUUCAAUUUGCAAAUGCAUUGCUUGCAAAAACUAUGAAGAAAGCCCAGAGCGAAAACUGCUGAUGAGCACACCCCACUAUAUGGAGGCUGGGGACUUUGAAGGUAACCACCAUCUGUCCCCAGCCAAGUUCUCAGGACCUCUAAAACUGAGAAAAAAUAGGCAGACCUUCUCCUGUAUCUCCUGGGAAGUAGUGGAGGCCACAUGUGCCUGCCUGCUGGCCCAGGGCGAGGAGGCAGAGCAAGAGCGCUGCUCUCCAAGCUUGGCCGAGCAGAUGGUCCUGGAGGAGUUUGGAAGGUGCCUAUCACAGAUUCUCCACAUCGAGUUCAAGUCCAAGGGGCUGAAAAUUGAGUAG